GUUGAUUCUAGGAACUUGGUUUCUCCCAAGGCAUGGGUUCACCUCAGGCGAAGCGCCAGCGACAGAGCAGCGACGGCGAGAUUGACACGUCACCAUUAGCAUCGAAUCCUGAAAAGUUGUCACCGGUGGUGGUCUUCGCUCAUGGUGCUGGAGCUCCUUCCUCUUCUCCUUGGAUGAUAAGAUGGAAGGAUAUGUUAAGAGAGGCGCUGCAUGCUGCUGAAGUGGUCACCUUUGACUAUCCUUACAUUUCUGGUGGUAAAAAGAGGGCUCCUCCGAAGGCAGAAAAACUGGUUGAAUUUCACUCUGAAAUUGUAAAGAAAACUGCUGCUAAGUUUCCUGGUCAUCCCCUGAUCCUGGCGGGAAAAUCAAUGGGUUCUAGAGUUAGCUGCAUGGUCGCUGGUAUGAAAGAAAUUAAUGUCUCUGCUGUAGUUUGCUUGGGCUACCCAUUAAAGGUUUGA